AAACUCAUUUCAAAGAGGUAUAGCUCCACCAUCCCUGCAACCCCAUCUCACACACACACACACACACACACGUGUAUAUAUAUAAUGUUUAAAUAAAUAAAUAAAUAGAUAAAUAAAUAAAUAAUACAUGCUACAUAUUUGCCUGAUGUACCUAGUCAUUAGAAUUGUAGACCUAUAACAUAAAGGCUAAUACCAAAUGUAUGAUAAUGUUCAGCGGCUGCUUCAGCAACACUUUCUCACCUCAGCCAAUCACAUAUCGGGAAGCAAGGGCUGAUUAAUAUUCAUAAACUUGCAUCAGUGCUGUCUCUGAUUUGCCGGUUUACUCGCGAAGUCGGCUGAGAUGUAAGGAAAAGGGGCGGGGCUUUUCAAACAAAUAUGCAACCCUUGAGCAAUAUGUCACGUUCCAAAUUACGCCAUAUUGCUGAUAAAGUGCACUAGAUAGGGUAUAUGAGCUGUUAGUCUUUGCGCUCUGCAUUGGACCUGUAUGGGGGAUUUGAGAUAAAGCCGAGUUCUUGCGGAAAUCGUGGCUGUUACUGAUUCGUUACCACAUGGGACUCGGAGCUGCCCGCGAGAUGUAUUGAUUGAGCGUAGAGCCCUGAACUCAACCCCAUUGAGCACCUCUGGGAUGAACUGGAACCCCGAAUGCACCCCAGACCUCCUCGUCCAACAUCACUAAUGCUCUUGUGGCUGAAUGAGCACAAAUCCCCACAGUCACACUCCAAAAUCAAGUGGAAAGCCUUCCCAGAAGAGUGGAGCGUAUUAUAACAGCAAACAGCCGGAGUUAUGGAGCGUGAGGAGGGAUGCAGACCCCCUGACCGUGUGGGUCUGAGAGCUCCUGGGAGCUGGAGAGCAUUGGUUUGUGGACCGAGGAACCUCCUGCUGAAAGAUGUUUUUAAUUGCCACCUCCUGAAGACGGUCCUGUUGGGUCAGGUCCUGUCCAUGCUGAUCUGUGGGACGGCUGUGACCAGUCAGUAUCUGGCGGAAGCUCAUGUGGAGACUCCGAUGCUGCAGAGUUUCCUAAACUAUGCUCUGCUGCUCCUAACCUACACCACCACUCUAUCACUCAGGAGAGGAGAUGAGAGCUUUUUUCAGAUAUUGAAAUCGAGGUGGUGGAAGUAUUUGCUGCUGGCACUCACAGAUGUUGAGGCAAACUACACAGUUGUGAAGGCUUACCAGUUCACUACACUUACAAGCAUUCAGCUGCUGGACUGCUUCGUGAUCCCGGUGCUGAUGGUGCUCUCGUGGUUCUUCCUGAAGACCCGUUACAGGCUGCUGCACUUCAUCGCCGUGGCCGUGUGUGUGCUUGGGGUCGGAGCGAUGGUGGGAGCCGACCUGCUUGCUGGAAGAGACCAGGGGUCAAACUCUGAUGUGUUACUGGGUGACGGCCUGGUGCUGAUCAGUGCUGCUCUGUAUGCCGUGUCUAACGUGGGUCAGGAGUACACGGUGAAGAACCUGAGCAGGGUGGAGUUCUUGGGCAUGAUUGGACUUUUUGGGACGCUGAUCAGUGGUGUACAAAUGGCUGUACUUGAGGGCGGUGCAGUCAGUAAGAUCAGCUGGGACUGGAGAAUAUGCUUGCUCUUCAUCGGCUUUGUGCUUUGCAUGUAUUGCCUGUACAGUUUCAUGCCUGUGGUGGUGAAGAUGACCAGUGCUACAGCGGUGAACCUCUCGCUGCUAACGGCUGAUCUCUUCAGUCUGUUCUGCGGCAUCGUGCUCUUUCACUACAUGUUCUCGGUCCUGUACAUCGUGUCAUUUGUGGUGAUCACCAUCGGCUUCAUCCUGUUUAACGUCAUUCCCACUUACACACCAGCUCCAUGUGACGCCACCGAGAGUGCUUAUCAGAGCGUGGCCACGGCAGAGGUGGUGCAGGGAGAUGGAGAGACUGUGCUGGACUGUCAGCAAGAUGGACAGCAGGAGGAGAAGUGUGGACACACAGAACCCUGUACAACCCUCUGUGCACUGAAAUGCAUUGUGUAACAUGAUGCUCUACAAUGUAGAGUGCACAGUGUUGGAUAUGCCUGAUUUUUAAAAGCAGUGCCCUUUUUACUUUGACUGACUAAAAGUUAUUGUAUUGUUGUUGUUGAUUUUGUUUGAUUGGAAUCAGCUUUUACAGUGUAUAAUGUUUUUUUUUUUUUUUACUGAAUAUGUCUGAUCAGUACAUUUAGAUGUUAUUUUAUUUAGUCUGAAGUUUACGUGUUGCACUCUGUUGUAAUUAGCAGUGAAUAUUUCUUUAAGGUCAGAAACAGGGUUUUACGUUAUUGUAAUAGUCAGUGGUUACACAUGAUUAUAAAAGUCGCAGCUGAUUGGCACAUGGUCAAAUCCUCUUAUGUUGUGUGCCAGUAUACAAAACAAAUACAGUGUUUCCAUUAAUAAUGAUGCUAAAAUAUUUAAACAUCUGUAAGAUUAAAAAAAAAGCUGCUUUUCUGAAUGUUGUUUUAAAUCUAGAAUAUUAUCGCCUCAUGAAGUUGCGUUCCAUUGGUGCUUAAAUUCUUGUCACAAAGUGACUUAUUUUGGUCAGUAUAUAAAGUUUUAACUGCUCAAAGCAGAUGUACCAGCUGUAAGAUAAAGCACUUUUUUUUAUUUAUAUGCUGAGUAUUUAAUAAAUAACUUUGUUUA